CAAGAUGGUCACUGGAUAAAUGAAGCUAACGUUAGUUUAGCACAUAGCAUCUCCAAACCUAAACACUGACGGCAACAGUUGGUCCAGAGUCUGCUAAUGCUAAUGUUAACGGUGACAAGAGUACAAAGUAGCGGUGCAGUGGUGACGUAGCAUGAAGCUAGUUAGCAUCAGAAGCUAACUGUUUGGUUGUUUAUCUUAACAGGAUAACAGUGAGUGUAUAACUGUGUUUGUUUAGAUGACAAGAGGAGGGCGGAGCUUUCCUGCACCCCAAUGGAGGACACAGAGCUGGAGAUAUCACCUGCCCCUUCUGACCAGAACAGCCCUUCCCUGUCCAUCUCCUCCUCCUCAUCUCCCUCCGUCUCUCUCCCCUCCACACCUUCCUCGUCCUGUGGCUCCACACAGCCCGUUGCCCCCCUUUUGGGUGUAAUCAACGAGGGUGUGUGUGAGCUCAGUUUGGUUAUAGAUGCUGAGGUGGCUCAACGUGCAUGUCACGAGGUUCUACAGAAGGUGAAGCUGCAGCAGGUGGGGUCUGAUGAUGUCACUGACUUACAUGAACAAACGGAUCCAGUGGUCCCAGGGGGCCCCAGUGGUCCCAUUGCUGCUGAGGAGGAGGCCAAACCCGAGGGCCUGGUGCCCGGAACUGUGAAGAGCACGCGACGGCGGCAGAAACACAAUCCCUCCAAACAGUCCUGGUUGCUUCGCCUCUUUGAGUCUAAACUUUUCGAUGUCGCCAUGGCGAUCUCAUACCUACACAAUUCUAAAGAGCCCGGAGUCCAGGCCUACAUUGGCAACAGACUCUUCAGUUUCUCCCAUGAGGAGGUGGACUUUUACCUGCCACAGCUACUCAACAUGUACAUUCACAUGGACGAGGAUGUGGGUGAUGCCAUCAAGCCAUACGUGGUGCACCGCUGCAGACAGAGCAUCUCCUUCAGUCUUCAGUGUGCCUGGCUCCUCGGUGCUUACUCCUCAGACAUGCACAUCUCCACACAGCGCCACUCCAGAGGAACCAAACUCAGGAAACUUAUACUUUCUGAUGAACUCAAACCCGUGGGCGCUCGCGCUCGCAGGGAAGCCCUGACACUCACUCCCUUCUGUCCUGCCCUGCCCCAUUCCACCGCCACUACAGCAGCUUCUGGGUCCCUGGUGCCGGACCACGGCCUGUCGCCGUCCAAACGAACACAUCAGCGAUCCAAGUCUGACGCCACUGUUAGCAUCAGCUUGAGCAGCAACCUGAAGAGAACAGCCAGCAAUCCCAAGGUUGAGAGCAGCCAGGACGAGGACAGCAGCUCCAGCUCUGACAGUCUGGAGUUUGAGACUGGUCCCCCGGUGCGUCUCGCUCCACAGCGAGAGUUCAUCAAGUCUUUGAUGGGGAUCGGGAAGCGUUUGGCGACACUUCCUACCAAAGAGCAGAAGACACAGCGUCUUAUAUCCGAACUGUCACUGCUCAACCACAAGCUGCCAGGACGGGUGUGGCUGCCGACCGCCGCCUUUGACCACCACGUGGUGCGAGUGCCACACACACAGGCCGUGGUGCUGAACUCCAAAGACAAGGCUCCAUAUCUCAUCUACGUUGAGGUUCUGGAGUGUGAAAACUUCGAGACGUCCAGUGUUCCAAUCAGGAUCCCUGAGAACCGGAUCAGAAGCACGCGAUCAGUGGAGAAUCUUCCAGACUGUGGAAUGACAGCGGAACAAAGAGCCGGAAGCUUCUCCGUUGUUCCCAACUACGACAAUGACGAUGAGGCUUGGUCUGUAGAUGACAUCGGGGAGCUGCAAGUGGAGCUUCCAGAGCUUCAUGCCAGCAGCUGCGACAACAUCAGCCAGUUUUCUGUGGACAGCAUCACCAGUCUGGAGAGUAAAGAACCCAUCUUCAUUGCUGCAGGCGACAUCAGGCGUCGUCUCUCAGAACAGCUGGCCCAGGCCCCCACCACCUUCAGACGUGACCCUGAGGAUCCAUCAGCUGUGGCUCUGAAGGAGCCCUGGGAGGAGAAAGUGAGGAGGAUCAGAGAAGCGUCGCCGUAUGGUCACCUGCCACACUGGAGGCUUCUGUCUGUCAUCGUCAAAUGUGGAGAUGACCUGCGACAGGAGCUGUUGGCUUCCCAGGUGCUGCAGCAGCUGCAGUCCAUCUGGCAGCAGGAGCGCGUGCCUCUGUGGAUCAGGCCCUAUAAGAUCCUGGUGCUGUCUUCGGACAGCGGGAUGAUUGAGCCGGUGGUGAACGCUGUGUCGCUGCAUCAGGUGAAGAAGCAGAGUCAGCUGUCGCUGCUCGACUACUUCCUGCAGGAGCACGGCGCCACCACCUCCGAGAACUUCCUGUCUGCUCAGAGGAAUUUUGUUCAGAGCUGUGCUGGGUACAGCCUUAUCUGCUACCUGCUGCAGGUGAAGGACAGACAUAAUGGCAACAUCCUGUUGGACUCCGAAGGUCACAUCAUCCACAUCGACUUUGGCUUCAUUCUCUCCAGUUCACCAAAAAACCUGGGCUUUGAGACGUCAGCCUUCAAACUCACCGCUGAGUUUGUAGAUGUGAUGGGAGGUCCAGAUGGAGACAUGUUUAACUACUAUAAGAUGUUGAUGCUUCAGGGUUUGAUUGCAGCCAGAAAACACAUGGACAGAGUUCUGCAGAUUGUGGAGAUCAUGCAACAAGGCACGCAGCUUCCUUGUUUCCAUGGCAGCAGUACCAUGCGUCAGCUGAAGGAGCGUUUCCACAUGAGUCUGACGGAGGAGCAGCUGCAGCUUCUUAUCCACCAGUUGGUGGACGGAUCCAUGAGGUCUCUGACCACCAAACUGUACGAUGGCUUCCAGUACUUGACCAAUGGCAUCAUGUGACCACCUGCCACAAAUGACUGCGUCUGUCUGAGAGUGUGUCUGUGUGUGUGUCUGUGUGUGUCUGUGUGUUUGUCGUUAUUUUAUUCCACUUUAUGUUUCAGUUGCGCCCUUUUCUUGUACAGUUGGACUGAAAUCCCUCCUUAGCUGCUCAGCCGGGCUCUCAGCCAAUCAGAGAGCAGCAAACUUUUAGCUGUGAAAUAAGCAGAGACUCUUUAAAGGACCAUCCUGCUCUUUUUCAUGUUUUAGCCCUUUAACUGCAGACAGUGUGAAAACACAUUAAAUCAAACCAGUGUUUCCCUUCA